AUGGCUGCCUUUACCUUAUACAGACAUGGACGCGUCGACGAGCGGCAACUACACGUGCUCGGCCCGCAACACUUUUGGCUCGGAGGAGGUGACCUACCGCGUGGAGUGCCUUCCGCCCCCGCACCCCCCGCCCUUUCUCUUCUACACGCCGACCAUACCGAGGCGCAACUCGCUUGGCGCACUGCACACCAUGCUACGGCGCCGCCUCACGGUUUUACGAUUUCGUGGAUACGUUUGAGAGAAGAUAACAUAGAGUCGGAGCAGUCUCGUUCAGAUAUAGAAGAGAGAACGAUAGAGAUGGGAGGAGAGGCGAGUGGCGUGGUACUGCGAUCGCUAUCCUGCGGAGCCACAUACUCCGUACGUGCCGUGGCGCACUCGAGAGCCGGCAGCUCUUCGCCCUCCGCGCCUCUCUUAGUGAGGACAAAACCGCCGGUGUUGGUGUGGGAGGGCGGAGGAAGCUCAGAGGAGAGCCGCGAAGGGGGCGGAAGCGGCAGUUGGCGCAUCGCCAGCGCCGCCUCACCCGCCCCCUGGGCCGACGCCGACCUCACGGCGUUGCAUCACCGUCGAGAGGUGGUGAUAGGCGAGUUGUCAGCGAGCACGUGGUACACGCUGCGCCUUUGGACCACCACCGAUACUGCUCGUCACCAGGCUCUACUCUACGCCGCUACCACGACUCACUCAGGCGAACGUCUGCGGCGCCCGACGUCAUUCUACAGCGAAGGUAACGCGGGUCGGCCGUCGCCGGGUAGCGAGCAGACGGAGCGCGUGCUAGGCGCCGUGUCUCUGGCGUUCGCCGCCCUCGCCGCUCUCGCUGUCACCACACUGCUGCUCGUCCUGCUCGCUCGCCGAAGCUCGCUGUGGUCGUGCGGCGUGGGCGGGCGGCGGGAAGAAGGUCGGCGCUGCAGUCACUCGGGCGCCAGUACCGAUAAGUCUGUUUGUGUGGAGCAGCAGAAUCUACGCAACUGUCAGCACGAUUACAAGCACGACAAGUUGUCUCCGGCUUCAGACGUGUACGAGAUUAGCCCCUACGCGACGUUCGCGGUUGGCGGUGAGGCAGCCGAACACACUUUACAGUUCCGCACGUUUGGUCUUCGCGACAACGACGCGCCUCCGCACCGCGUCUGUCGCCACCACCAGCACGGACAUCGUCAACGCUCCGACGAUAAGCAUCAUUCGGACUGUGAGCUGCAGCAGCUGAGUCGAUACGAGAAGGUACGGCCGCGGCCUUGCGCCGCCACCUCCUACUGCGUGCCCCUUGGACAUCACGGCGGCGGUGGGGGCGGAAGUGGAGGGGGGUUGUCGGAGGUUUACGCGGGAGACUCGAGUGUCGAGUCUGGCCCUGGCUCCCUCUCGCCACGGACUCACCACGACCAUAGCUAA